UGACGAUUGAGCCGGCCCGAUUGAGCCCCCGAUUGAGCAACGACGCGCAAGAUCCACUUCCACGACGAACGACACACAACCCACAAGAUGAAGGCGACGCAGGCGCAGCGAGCGGCACAGGCAGCGGCCAACGCAACGCGGCCGUUCAGGCGCAGGAACCUGGCGGUUGGCGCUGUGUUGUUUGGCUUUGUGGGCUCCGUGUACGCAUACACAAUCCUCUCCGUCAAGCAAGAGGACUUCUCUGACGUGCAGCCCGUGCUUCCCACCCACGGCCAGAAGUCGAGGUGAACUAAGGAAGGACCAUAUCCUGCCCUACCCUCCAGCCCAAGCCUAACGUAACAGAAACUCUCCCCCACGACAUGCCUGCGCGAUGACGACACUGUUGCAGUGCACCUGUCUCCACCUUUUGUGUUUUGCGUCUCUGCAUGUCGCGGCGCGAGCAAGUGCUUGAUGUCACACUACACCUUUGCUUGUUUGUGUUUGUGUUGACGCGCAUCCUUGUCAUCGCACAAUGCCACGCACUUCAGUACACGUUUCCCACCCCGCAA